AUGAAAUCAUCAAAAUUCAUAAUAAUUUUUGCACUUUCUUUAUUGAUAUGUUUCUUAACAUUAGUAAAUGAAAACUCAAGUGCACUCGCUGCCCCACAAGACGAUGCUAAAGCUCCUGCAAAGGAGCCUGAACAAAAAGAACCUGUAAAAGAACCAGCUAAAGAUGAACCAAAAGAACCUGUUAAGGAACCUGUUAAGGAACCUGCUAAGGAACCUGCUAAGGAACCUGCCAAGGAAGUUCUUGAUGACGUCCCUGCCAAAGAUCCCGCAGAAGCUCCAAAAGAACCGCCAAAAGAUCCCGCUCCAAAAGAUCCUGCUCCAAAAGAUCCCGCUCCAAAAGAUCCUGCUCCAAAAGAUCCCGCUCCAAAAGAUCCUCCUCCAAAAGAUCCUCCUCCAAAAGAUCCCGCUCCAAAAGAUCCCGAGCCACAGCCACCUGCAGAACCGCCUGCAGAACCUAAAGAACCAGCACCUGCAGAACCACCUAAAGAACCUGUAGCUAGUCCUCCAGUCCAGCAACCUACAAUUCAAACAACUCCUGCGGUUACAAUAACAACUUACUCAUAUGUUUCUGAUCAAACCCCUGCACCUAAAAAUCCAAUUAAAUCCCCGAAAUCUUCUUUACCAAAACAAGGUGGACAAAAUAAUACAAAUACUGAUGAUGGUUCUGCGACAACAACAAUUGUAGUUGUAGCAUCUAUCGUAGGUGGAAUGGUGGUUUUAGGUGGUGCUGGCAUGGCAGUAUUCAGAUAUCAAAAAUCAAAAUCUUCUAAUUGGGAUGAAGAGGGUGAGGUCGUACUGAGGGAUGGCAGAGGAAAUUUUGCUGCUGGUGAUCCAUUUAAGAGUACACUUGAUCAAUAUCAUCGAUGA